AUGGAGCCAAAUGACGGUAAUCCUGAGGACAGGCGCACUAUUGGUGUGACCUUCAAUCCCAUUGGCAACGAUGCCAGUGUUGCGCAACUCAACAACCCUGAGGAUGUGAUGAUGCGCAACGCGGCGCGCGACGCGGCGACUCAAGAUGGACGCGACAACACCGCUGCUGUCGACCCUGGAUUUCCAACAUUCCCAACUACGUUGAUGGAGGUGGGUCGACUCCAGUCUUUGGCUCAGGCAGCGGGCCUGGACUCUGUUGAUGAGGAUGCUCCAAUUUGGAACCGUCGUGAGAUGAGUAUUGGUAGCGGCCCUACUUCUUCUAUGACAGCCGAGGCCUCUACAACCACUGUCCCUGAGCCUGACAGUCAACCUGCCACGAGCCUUGCCCCUCGUAAUACGGCGCCAGGCGGCAACAUUUUCGCUCCCAUGCCGGGAGAGCGUCGACUGAGCAGGAUUGAUCGUCUGCGCACGUUUGCGGCUGAGCAUUACCCCCGGAUCUCCCGACGGGGCCGCCAAAUGUCCAACAACACCACCGAGGCUCGCACCCUUCCCCGUGCUUCAGUCAAUGACACUGCUUUCGUGAGCGGUGCUGCCGGAGUUGACCGUGUUCCGGUCAACAACAACCUCUCCUUGAAUAGCGCUAUUAUGGUCAAUGGUCCUCCCCCUGUCAAUAGUACCGCGUCAGUCAACGACAUGGCCAAUGUCAAUGGGGAUCACAUCAAUGAUUACUAUGCCACUACCCGAGUCAAUAGCAACACCCAAACCGCUACUGGAAACAGCAUUCAUGCCAACCCCAACGUCUAUGCCCACGGUCCCAUUCGCUCGGCUUUCGCCUACCGCAGGGCUUCGGCCAACGCCAGGGCUUCUGCCAACCGCACCAUGCCCUCCGCCAGCACUGCGCCGCCCACCAGCUCCGCGGCCCGCGACUCUAGCACGACCAACGGCAGAGCUCCAGAUGCUAUCAUCGGUCACGUCACUGGAACUGGCCGUGUCAGCGCGCUCGGCCGUGUCUUCGGUCCUGAGGGUGGCACCAGGGGCGGUGCCAUCCCCGUCUUCGGUCCCAUGCCCGCAGCCGGCGGUGCUCCUGUGGUUGGCACUAUGCCUGAGAUUGGUCGUGUUGCCUACGUCACGGUCCAGGCCCCUGAUGACCGGUUCUACACCCUUCGCAUUGAUUUGGUCAAUGCUGCGCCCCAGGCGACUUACAAUUUCUACAUCCAGCUUCCGCCCUCUUCCUGA